GUACCCGCGCCGGCGGUGAGUGGCGGUAGUAGAGAAAUACAACUGCGUGCUCCGGAGCCAGAUAGAGUCGGCGGCGGUGGUACAUGCACGCAAUAUACCGCGGAAUUCACUUCGCAAUCGACCAAUAGUGAGUGGGAGCUAAGAUCUGCCCCAACUUGUAGCGUUCUGCAAAGCGGAAGGAGCUACUUGCUCGAUAAAUCAACAUAAUGACAGACCAGGAGGCUACCAUCGAUGAGGGCAAUAUGAGUAAGACACCCCCUAACAGAAGAGGGAUCAACUUCGAGGUGGGGGCUCAACUUGAGGCCAGAGACAGCCUCAAGAACUGGUAUGCUGCCAACAUAGAGAAGAUAGACUGUGAUGACGAGAAGGUCCUGAUCCACUACAGACAGUGGAGCCACCGCUAUGAUGAGUGGUUUGACUGGACCAGCCCCUACCUCAGACCAGUGGAGCGGAUCAAGCUCAGACGACGGGGCUUGAAGGAGGACGUCUCCUUGCCUGGGUUUAACGUUAAUGAAAAGGUGUUGGCAAGCUGGUCAGAUUGCCGCUUCUACCCAGCUAAGGUCCUGGCUGUCAACAAAGAUGCCUCCUACACCGUGAAGUUUUAUGAUGGGGUGAUUCAGAAUGUGAAGGAGAUCCAUGUGAAGCCCUUUGUUAAAGAGAAGGGUGGGGGGCGGUCUGGCAACGUCUCGAGAAAGGUCCAGAACGGCCGAGAGCGGCGCCCUCCAGAGAACGGCUGCCCAAAGAACAAGAGGCCGCGCCGCAGCACCUCGGACCAGGACGAGGAGGGCAGCAGCACCGGUAGCGAGGAGGACGAGGAGGAGGAGGGAGACGAGGACCAGGACGCCUGGGAGGGCAAGACUAAGGACGGCCACGGGGGGACGGGCAAGGUGCGAGGGUCCGCCAUCAAGCGGGAGCCGCAGGGGGCUCCGCGCCCACACAGCCACCAGAACAGACCUGCAGACGCAGCGGCCGCGGCGGCGAAGGCAAAGGCGGCGCUCACCAAUGGAGUUAAGCUGGAGAAAGAAGAGGAAGAUAAGGACGUUAAGGACGUUAAGGACGUUAAGGUGGUAAAGGAAGAAGAAACCGAAAGCUGUCUGAUGAAUGGAGUGGUGAAGAAGGAAGAGAUUGAGGAGAGGGAAAUAAACGGAUGCAAGCCAUACACGGGGGACACAAAGCCAUACUCGGAGACGACCAAUGGGACGUCGGCGCGGGGAGAGCCGGUGUGCGUCGCCAUGACGACCGCGGAAAGCAACGACGAUGCGGGGCACAAGCCCAGCAGCCAGUCGGAGAACUCGAAGCCGCCAGCCGAGGUUCCUCCCCCCCAGCCUGUCAAACCUGUGAGAAAGCAAGGAUUCCACAACCCCAAUCGCUUCAGCAGAGAACCACUAUACAGGGUGAUCAAAAACCAGCCCUCGCCCGUCCUGUCCAUCAACCUGGACCACAACCCCUUCAAGUGCAGCUCUCCCGGCUGCACCAAGUCCUUCCGCAAGGCCAAGCUCCUGCACUACCACAUGAAGUACUACCACGGAGAGGACCAGCCCAUGGAGGAGGACGUCAGCCCCACCAGAAGCGUCCAGACCAGGGGCACCGACAAGCCGGCCGCCCCCGAGAGCCCCAAGAGGCGGCGCACCAUCUCUGCCACCAUGCAUCCUGUUGCUGCUACCACUCCGUCCCGCAGUGAGGCCAGGGCUGUGGCUCCGGGCAGUAGGCGCACGUCAGCGCCCCCUGCUGUCAACAGCCAGUGCUCACAAAGGGCGCUGCUAAGGGAGAAAUGCAAGGAGAAUCAGCUAGAGAGGAAUGGCUGCCAACAGCACAAGGAUGUGGACAAGAGUGUCUUUGACAUUGCAUCAACCGUCAAAGAGAGAAUAAAAGACAAGCCCAAGCAGAAAGACUUCCUUCGCAUCAAACUGAAGAAGAGAAAGAAGAAGAAGCGAUCCAAGUCUGAAUACACUGGUAGUGAGGAGAAUAUUGACAUCUCAGUAUUGGCUCUCCAGUCCAAAUUGAAUUUGCCCCUCAAAUUCCCCCUCUCACACAAUCACAAGCCUGAGGCCUACACCAGCAGGCCUGGAUACGGCCAAUCUGAGCAGAUACAUGUGGAUGACGAGGACAGCCUCAGCGAUUGGUCCACGGACAGCUGUGGGUGGAGUGACGAUGACAUCGGGGUAGACCUGGACGUCACCAGCCCACCCCUCAGCGUGGACUCGGUUGCCUUGGAUACGAGCGACCAGGAGAUCGUGCGGUGCGUGUGUGAGGUGGAGGAGGAGAACGACUUCAUGAUCCAGUGUGAGGAGUGUCUGUGCUGGCAGCAUGGCACCUGCAUGGGCCUACUGGAAGAGAAUGUUCCGGAUAAAUACGCCUGCUAUAUCUGCAGAGACCCACCAGGUCAGCGGCAGAGCCUGCGCUACUGGUACGACCGCGAUUGGCUGAGCAGCGGUCACAUGUACGGCCUGUCGUCCCUGGCGGAGAACUACUCCCACCAGAACGCCAAGAAGAUCACGGCCACCCACCAGCUGCUGGGGGACGUACACCACGUGCUGCAGGUUCUCAGCGGCCUGCAACUCAAGAUGGGCGUCCUGCAGAGCAAGACCCAGUCGGACCUGCGUCUCUGGCGGCAGCCCUGGAAGCAGGGGCCCCGCAAGCCCUACGACUCGUACCCGGGCACGCCCGACGAGGACAUGAGCCGUGGCGAGCUGCUGAUGUCCAACGCCCUGGAGAAGCUGAGCCGGGGUGGCACCACCGCCUCCUCGACCAACUCGUCGACCUGCUCGGUGGCCUCGUCGCCCCGCUACAUCUCCUUCCAGGACUCGUACAUCCUCAGCGAGCACUGCUACCAGAAGCCCCGGGCGUACUACCCGGCGGUGGAGCAGCGGCUGGUAGUGGAGACGAGGCAGGGCUCGGAGCUGGAGGACAGCAUGAGGAGCACCGAGGACCUGCUGGAGAGGGAGCAGCGCUACGGAGGCCUGCUGGACACGGGCCGGACUAAGGCCCUGCCCGCCGUCAUGAAGGGCUCCACCCAGAUCAAGCGAGCGCAGGCGGAGGUAAAGGAGGAGUGUGGUGCCGGGGGCCCAGACGAUAGCAGGCAGCAGCAGCAGUGGCACCUCAACCUGCUGGACCACAUAGACUCUGUCCAGGACGAUGUCGCACACAGAAUGGACUUUGUCGAGAAGGAGCUGGACGUGCUGGAGAGCUGGCUGGACUACACAGGGGAGCUGGAACCCCCAGACCCACUGGCCCGUCUGCCUCAGCUCAAGCAUCGCAUGAAGAAGCUGUUGACUGAGUUGGGCAAGGUGCAGCAGAUCGCCCUCUGGAGCUCCACAUGAGGGUGCCAGAGAGCAGCAUUUAGGCCAUAGCCUCUACACACAGCAGCCACAAUGCAGAGAUGAAGAAGCCCUAGUGGAUACCUCUUGCGGUCCUAGGUUGGAAGAAAGGGGGUGAGAGAGAGAGAGAGAGAGAGGGGGUGCCUGGCGCUUUCCUUGUGACAUAACCGCUGCUGUUCCCUUCCUGGUUUGAGAGGAAAAAUGUUAUGUAUGGAGGGGUCCCCAUCGCUACAGGGUUCACGAAACGUAUAGUUUGUGAACAUGUGCUGCGAGCAAGCAUCAUGUUUCAGGAUCAAACACAAAAAGUAACCUCUAAAGUGCAUUUUGUGCACAUCCACGAAGCCAGGUUCCAACACCCUUUAUGGUUCUCGUACGACUUCAGACCCUACGAAAUGCCUUUCCUUGUCUCCGCGGCAGUUGGAAGUCUGCCUCUGGUGAGUCUGGGCAUACAGUGCUUUAAACACAAAAGCUUUAUAUUCAAAGAUCUCAUCAGAGCUGUCCAACCAGUCUACACCAAUCACAAAAAAACCUCUUGAAAAUGUGAUCAUCGUUUUGGUUUUAGUGUCUUUUGGUUUUCUCUCAAUAUUAAACAAUCCUGUUGGGUUUGCCUGUCAUGUCAUACUGUGCAUUAAUCUCUUCUGUUUGCUAUUAUUCUGGAUGGAAGGCAACUUGAAGAAAUAUGUGUUACACAAUAGUACUAUAUUACUAUAUAAGUAAUAUUAUCAGUAAUCUCAUGUUUUUGACCUGUGUAAGGGUUAGUUUUAUUCUACACUGUGAUAGUAUUGUAGUCUGGACACAGAAGCAAAUUGGCUUGGAAUUAUAUAUUUUUUAAUGGUUAUUUGUUUUGUCUUUUCUCAAGUAUUCCUGUUUUCUUUACAAUGAGUUCAUAUUUAUGUAUUUGUCUCUUUAUCUAUCACUUUACUCCCAUUGGCUUCUGCAUCAUUGUUGCUGUAGCACAUGACCUAUGACCUUAUGACAUGUAAGUGGAGUUGUCUCUUCUGAUCUUGGCCUCGCCUCUUGCUCUGUUGUUGGUGACACAUACUACUCUGCUGAUGUAUAUUGUUUUGCUUCCUAAAUUCCAUUUCACUGUCAAUUUUUCUGUGUUUUGUAUUCUUUGUAAAUAUGUCAUAAAAAUGUGUGCCCUUCUAGGGAUCUUUGUAUUAAUACAGUCUCCUUGAAAGGAUAAUAUUGUAUGCUACUGUACUGUAAAUGUAUGGCUUGGAUGCAGGAGCUAUGUUAAACAAUGCAAACAGAAUUUCCUGGUAAAUAAACUCAUUGUUAUUAAUAGUCAACUGUUGUGUGGACAAUAUUUCUUUGGCCCAUUCUUUCCAGUGACUCGUUCACUUUCUCAUUGGAAGGCAACUGUCCAAAUGUAUUUGUAUGUGGGUAAAUAUAAAUCUUAACUAAUAUUAAAACGUAUCCAAAAUAUAUUUUCAAUCGGGGGGUGGGACCCCCCGAAUAUUGACGGGUAUUUCGCACACUGUAUAUAUGUGUAUGAUAUAUGUAUAUAUGUUUGUGUGAUGUGAAUAACCACAAUGUCGAUCGCUCCAUUUCAGCACCACAAA